AUGGACAAUCUCCACCUGCACUCAGGUUACGCGCGGCCUCUGCGCCCCAAUGUCUAUGAUCGCGAAUCCCGACCGUCUGUCCGUGUGAGCUCGGAUCCGGACUCCAGCAGCAGGAGAUCGCAUCUGCACAAGCACAAGUCCUCGCACCGACACCACCACCAUCACGACGAGCACCGCCGCCAUAGCUCCACGCGACACCAUGCGAAGGAGGUCGUACAGUCUGCGCUGCAGCCACCGACGAGCUUUGGCGAUCUGCUGAAGCAGGCACGAGGUAGCAAGGAGAAUUCGCCGAGUCACAGUCGCAGUCGCAGUCGUCGACGAAGCCCAGCGAGGGGUGAGAGCGGCGAGCAGCAGAAGACAGGCGAAGAUGUGGGACUCACGAUACCACCACCGCGACCACUCCGCCCAGAGGAGAUUGAGCGAGAAGCCAAACGGCUUAUAGCUAUAGGCUCUAACACAAAAUACAGAGACCUCCGCGCCGCCCUCCAAUCCCUCUCCGACCAAUCCCUCAAAACCUCCCGCCGACUAGACGACACCUACUACUCAAUCCUCGAAAAAGUCUCCACCCUACGCCAAACAAUCGGCACACUACAGGAACUCUCCGGACUUACGAAAGAACUCCACGGCAACUUCGAGACUGACGCGCAAGACCUGCUCAACGACGUGAAAGGCCAGUUCGAGAACUCAGACAACUUCGAUGUGCAGCAGAAGCAGGUCGCUGUGCUGGAGGAGAGGAUAAGGGUGGGCAAGGAGAAGGCGGAUGCGCUGACAGCGAGGUUGACGGAGGUAAAGGAGAAGGUUGAUAGGAGGGCGAGGAGUGAGGCUCAGUGGGAGGCUGACACGAAUCGCUGGUGGCAGUGGUUUGGGUGCAUAGUAAUCUCCAUCAUCUCGCUCGUUGUGAUACUGGUCGUCCUCCAUCACCUCAAACCUACGCACGUCGAGAUGAACCCCGAGCCCACACUUGACACUGCUGUCGAGGCUAAGAUUCGGGAAGCUCCGAUACCGAAGAUGGCAAAGGAGGAUAUACUGGAGCUAGCAACAUCAGUACCAACGAUUCGGCUACAGACGCCAUCCGCUAAGUCGUCUGCCGAAGUAGAUGAUGUGCUAUUGCGUAAGUUCGAUGAGCUAUAG